AUGGCGGGCGUGGAGGAAGAGGACUACGACUCCAGCGUCAUCACCUCUGAGGAUUGCUGGACGGUCAUUCAGUCAUUCUUCGAGUCGAAAGGCCUAGUGUCGCAGCAGCUCGACUCGUUCGACGAGUUUGCGGCCACCACUAUGCAGGAGAUCAUAAGCGAAACUGAGACGAUAGCCGUAGACCGUAACCUGUCACCAGAGGACGACGGGCAUGGCGCGACGAUUGUCAAGAAGCGGUGGCAGAUCGAAUUCGGCAAGGCUACUAUCUCGCAAGCAGCCAUGACUGAGGGUGAUGGUGUCACGCGAGCACUGUUCCCGCACGAGGCGCGCUUGCGAAACCUGACGUACGCUUCACCCAUUUACUUGGAGAUGAAGAAGCGCGUCAUGAUCGCCAAAGAAAAGCCGGCAGGUUCAUACUGGGAUGAAGAACAGGAGCGGUGGGAGGCACCUGAAGAAUGGGAUGGCCAGGAAUACGAGACGUUCUGGCAGCGUGAUCCGGAAGAUGAAGCCAGUCCGGACGCAGACACUGCGACAAAGGUCUUCAUCGGCAAGCUACCCGUCAUGCUGAAGUCGAAGAUCUGCACGUUACGGAAUCGAUCAGAGCAGGAGUUGUACGCUUUCCAAGAAUGUCCUUUCGAUCAGGGCGGGUACUUCAUCAUCAAUGGCAGUGAGAAAGUCCUCAUUGCGCAGGAGCGAAGUGCGGCGAACAUUGUGCAGGUGUUUAAGAAGAGAGGUUCACCUACACCGGUGGUCGCUGAGAUUCGCAGCGCGAUCGAGAAAGGCAGCCGGCUGAUCAGCACCAUGAUGGUGAAGCUGUAUGAGCGUACCAGCGGCACAAACUUGGGCAAGACGGUGAAGGCGACCUUACCAUACAUUAAGUCUGAUAUCCCGCUUGUGGCUGUAUUUCGCGCACUGGGUAUCGUAUCUGAUGAAGAUAUCUUGCUGCACAUCUGCAAGCGCGACGACACCCAGAUGCUGGAAAUGCUGAAGCCCUGCUUAGAAGAGGCAGCUGCGAUUCAGGAGCGAGAGCAGGCUCUCGACUUUAUCGGCCGCAGAGGCAACUUCGCCGGUACACGGGAAAAGCGUAUCAAGUUCGCUCGCGACGUCAUGCAGAAGGAGUUCCUCCCGCACAUCUCCCAGGAAGAGGGUAGCGAGACUAGGAAAGCCUUCUUCCUUGGCUACAUGGUCAAUCGACUACUGCAGGUCCAGCUUGGCCGUGUCGAGGAGGACGACAGAGACCACUUCGGCAAGAAGCGUCUUGAUCUUGCAGGUCCACUAAUGGCGCAAGUCUUCCGCUUGAAGUUUUCGCAGCUCGUGAAGGAUAUCAGAAAUUACCUACAUCGCUGCGUCGAGCAAGGCCGAGAGUUCAAUAUCAAUCUGGCAGUGAAGAGCAAUAUCAUCACUUCCGGACUGCGGUAUUCGUUGGCCACAGGUAACUGGGGUGACCAGAAAAAGGCUGCUUCUUCCAAGGCCGGCGUUAGCCAAGUGCUCAACCGCUAUACCUAUGCUUCCACGCUAUCACAUCUUCGGCGAACAAACACACCGAUCGGUCGUGAUGGCAAGAUCGCCAAGCCACGGCAGCUGCACAACACCCACUGGGGCCUUGUAUGUCCGGCGGAAACGCCGGAAGGACAAGCUUGCGGUCUGGUGAAGAACCUGGCGUUGAUGUGCUACGUCUCCGUCGGUACGCCGGGCACGCCGUUGAUAGAGUACAUGCGCCACCGCGGCAUGGAGCUGCUCGAAGAGUACGAUGCGGUGAUGAAUCCCAAUGCCACGAAGGUCUUCUUAAACGGUACUUGGGUCGGUGUGCACUCGAGUGGACAUCAGCUCACAGAGGCUUUGAAGGAGCUUAGACGGAAGGAAGUCAUCGGCUUCGAGGUGACCAUCAUUCGUGACGUACGCGAGCGCGAGAUCAAGGUCUUCACAGAUGCUGGACGCGUAAUGCGACCCCUGUUUGUCAUAGAUAACAAUCCGAACUCGCCAAACCGCGGCAAUUUGGUGCUGAGUCGAGAGCAAGUUGAAAAACUGUCAAAUGAUCAGAAGAUCAUCGGUUCUUUGGAAGGCCAGUCUGUCAGUGAGCAACAGAAGGCAGAGUUGACGUUCGGCUGGCAUGGCCUUGUCAAGAACGGCGUCAUCGAAUAUCUUGACGCUGAAGAAGAGGAGACUGCCAUGAUCAUGAUGACACCGGACGACCUCGAAGAGCACAAGCUUGCGCGUCUCGGCGAGGAUUGGGUCGAGGCCAAAGAGGAUCCGCACAGACGGAUCAAGGCCAAGCCGAACAAGCAAGUUCGCAUGUGGACGCACUGCGAGAUUCAUCCUGCGAUGAUCUUGGGCAUCUGCGCUAGUAUCAUUCCAUUCCCGGACCACAACCAAAGUCCGCGAAACACCUAUCAAUCCGCCAUGGGUAAGCAGGCAAUGGGCGUCACACUCACAAACUUCGGCAUUCGUAUGGAUACGAUGGCUAAUGUCCUUUACUACCCGCAAAAACCACUGGCGACGACGCGUUCGAUGGAGUUCCUGAAGUUCCGCGAUCUGCCGGCUGGGCAGAAUGCUAUCGUAGCAAUUGCUUGUUACUCGGGCUACAACCAAGAAGACUCCGUCAUCAUGAACCAAUCGUCGAUCGACCGUGGCUUGUUCCGCUCGUUAUUUUACCGCGCAUAUAUGGAUCAGGAGAAGCGGGUCGGCAUGAGCGUCGUAGAGCAGUUCGAGAAGCCCGUCCGGAGCGAUACGCUGAAGAUGAAGGGCGGCACGUAUGACAAGCUUGAUGAUGACGGUAUCAUCAGCCCUGGCUCUCGAGUGUCUGGAGAAGACAUCAUUAUCGGCAAGACGGCUCCGAUCGCGCCUGACGCGGAAGAGCUGGGCCAGCGGACGAAAUUGCACGUCAAGCGCGACGUCAGCACGCCAUUAAGAAGCACAGAGAAUGGCAUCGUUGACCAAGUGUUGCUUACGACCAAUACGGAAGGCCUAAAGUUUGUGAAGGUCCGAACAAGGACGACGAAGGUGCCGCAGAUUGGUGACAAGUUCGCCUCGCGGCAUGGUCAGAAGGGUACGAUCGGUAUCACUUAUCGCCAAGAAGAUAUGCCUUUUACCGCGGAUGGACUCACGCCAGACAUCAUCAUCAACCCGCACGCUAUUCCAUCUCGCAUGACGAUUGCGCACUUGAUCGAGUGUCUACUGUCCAAAGUCGGCGCCUUGACCGGCCAGGAAGGCGACGCCACACCCUUUACCGACGUCACGCUCACCUCGAUCUCGACUCUCCUUGAGGAACAUGGAUUUCAAAGACGUGGCUUCGAAGUCAUGUACAACGGGCAUACCGGCAAGAAACUUAACGCUCAAGUCUUCCUUGGUCCGACCUACUACCAGCGCUUACGGCAUAUGGUCGACGACAAGAUCCACGCCCGCGCCCGUGGUCCACUCCAGAUCCUCACUCGGCAACCCGUCGAAGGUCGUGCGCGAGACGGUGGUCUACGUUUCGGAGAGAUGGAGCGUGAUUGCAUGAUUGCGCACGGUGCCUCCGCGUUCCUCAAGGAGAGGUUGCUAGAUGUCAGCGACGCGUUCCGAGUGCACAUCUGCGAGAUCUGCGGCUUGAUGACGCCGAUUGCGAAGCUCAAGGAGAAGACGAUAGAGUGCAGACAGUGCAGGAACAAGAAUCGGAUUGCGCAGGUUAUCAUUCCUUAUGCGGCCAAACUACUGUUUCAGGAGUUGGCGGCGAUGAACGUUGCUACGCGGAUGUUCACGGAUCGGUCGGGCGUGUCCAUCCGCUAG